CGCAUAAAGCCGACUAUCUCCCCCAGAGAAGACCUUGAUAUUAUCCGAGAAAGAUUUUUUUUUGCUCUUUAGUUCGGCGACAAAGUGGAGAUGAACCAGUUGGGCGGAUUCUGCACGAGGUAAAAGUUGUGGAUGGUUACUUUUUACGCAUACACAUUUAAAGGACUGUCUCCUCCCCACAGGUUGCAGUGCAACAAAGAAAGUGCAUUUUUUUUUUCUCUUUUGCAAAAAUCCCCACACCCACAAGCAGGCUGGAAGCCCAUCCACUCGCCACUAGAACACCGCGAAGCCGCAGAGCGCAGAUGAUCGCAACUGGUGUCUGUGGCGUCACGCUGGUGCUGGUGCUGGUGGUUCUGAUUCCGGUCAUGGUGAACUCCGCCGGAACUCCUGCCCGCUACGAGAUGCUCGGAUCUUGUCAGAUGGUGUGCGACUCCCACGGCACCGCGGCCACGGCCACGGCCAAAGCGACCAACCCGAUCAAGGACAGCAACAACCGGCUGGCGCAGUCGCUCCCGACUUUCAUCCAAGGUCCCCAGGGAGAGCCGGGGCGCGUCGGGAGGAUGGGCCCCCGGGGUCCGGUGGGCGAGGCGGGGCCCCCCGGUCCCGCCGGCCCCACCGGGGAGAGGGGCCCCCCCGGGCCCCCGGGGCCACCCGGGCUACCGGGGGCCAACGGUCCCAACGGUGCCAUCAGCGCGGCCACGUACAACACCAUCCCCAAGAUCGCCUUUUACGCGGGGCUGAAAAAGCAGCACGAGGGCUACGAAGUGCUCAAAUUUGACGACGUUGUCACAAAUCUCGGCAACCACUACGACCCCUCAAGUGGAAAAUUCACCUGUUCGAUACCAGGGAUUUACUUCUUUGUUUACCACGUGCUGAUGCGGGGAGGGGACGGAACGAGCAUGUGGGCCGACCUCUGCAAAAACAACCAGGUGAGAGCCAGCGCCAUCGCGCAGGACGCCGACCAGAACUACGACUACGCCAGCAACAGCGUGGUCCUGCACCUGGAGCCCGGGGACGAGAUCUACAUCAAGCUGGACGGGGGGAAGGCGCACGGGGGCAACAACAACAAGUACAGCACUUUCUCCGGGUUCAUGCUGUAUGCUGACUGAACCAUGGAGGAGGACAUGUGAUCAGGAGGAGAGAAGACGGGGGAAAAAAUAAAUCAUACGAACACGCUCUGCAUAUAGCUUGCUUCACUGCUCCAGCUCAGCUCAGUGUCAGCUGGAUUAUUAGAGACAGAGUCCACUGUUUCUGUUUAAAAGAAUCAAGAGAGAUGGAGGACGCCACGCAAAAAACUGGACUUUGCAGCAAAGAAGAGCUGACAGUGUAGUUAAAGAAUGAUUAUAAUUUGAACAGCAGAGGUGUACCAGGUUGAUUAGUGUGGCUGGAGCAUCCUAAAUGAACUGUUAGGCUUUUAAAUUAAGUUUGCUGCUCUCAAACCAACUGUAGCUGCUGUAGGAACUGUGUUUGACAUUUAGCCCUCAAAUAUACAUAUAUAGAUGCUUAUAUUAUACCGAUAUAAUCGCUACUCAGAUCAAAGUGUUGUUAGUCCAAUUGUGAGCUUGAUUUUUUUUUCAAAUGAAGUGUCAUAACUGUUGGAUUCUGAGUGAAAAUGCAUGUUUAUUAAAAAAAACAAAACAUUUCAACACCACAGCAUGUAAUGUAAAGGGCCAUCCUGAUGUUCAAGUUGAAGCACCAUCACAGAAUUAACUUUGAAAGGCAUUUUUCUUGUGCGUGUUUACAUGACAUCUGGUUUGGGCAACAGAGUAGCCUGGCUCUUAGUCACUAUCACCAAUCUGGAUAGUCGGUGACAUCGUUCUGGCAUAUCUUUCCUCAAGAUUGGCAGCGUUCACCCAUCAGCCUGCUGAUUUUCAAGUUUUUCUCCAAAUAAGGACCUCCGUUAAAAAAUGUGAAAUGUUCUAGGAAACGUCUAGGAAGAUGAAUCAAAGUUACACAGUCAGGUGUGGCGAUCACGCCAUUGAUCACGUGAAGUCACCCUGUGAAGCCACCUGUUCCCAGAUGAGAGGAGGACGCGUCCUUCAUCUGGGCCAGCCGGCCUCCCGCAGACGCGCGCAGACGCCCGGUGAGGGGCAACGGGACGGCUCGUCCAACAGAGCCUCAAUGUGUCAAGAGCCGAGCAGCAUACUGAUUACUAACGGGCUCAUUAUUUCCCCGCCAGAAAACGUGUUUACAGAGAUGUCACUAGCAGAAAGAAAGCGGCGAUGAUGUUUAAAUUAAAAAAAGUUAAUUACGGAAGCACCAUAUGUGUGAGCACCACUGGAGAGGAUACCUUCAGAGGGCGGGGAUAUUUAGCUACACUGAAUUCACCCCUGUCAAAAAGGGAUUUUUUAAUUUUUUUUUUCUUUUAUAACAGGAGGCACAGAGAUUCUGCAAAGCCCCUUUAAAUAAUCUGCUAAAAAAGAGAAUAACACAUUAUUAAAAUGCUCUCAGCUGGGUAAAACAGCUGCCUGCAGGUUUGUUAUUGUUAUAGACUGCAAGAUCACAAAACAUGUUGGUUUGUAAAAAAAA